UUACAUUUUUCAAUUCUGCAUCAAUUUCACACUUUUACACUUUAAUUUAAAGUUAUUAAUAAAAUAUGUUGGCUACAACAGGAAAUGCAUUAGCAGCUACAGCUGGUAUACCAGAUAAAUCAUGGCAACCAAAUUUCGUAACACUAGAGACCACCAUGGGAGAAAUCACAGUGGAAUUGUAUUGGAAACAUGCCCCAAACACAUGUCGGAAUUUUGCCGAAUUAGCUAGACGUGGCUAUUACAACAAUGUGGUGUUUCAUCGCAUCAUAAGAGAUUUUAUGAUACAAGGCGGUGAUCCCACAGGUACCGGUCGUGGCGGUAGUUCUAUAUAUGGCGGUGAGUUUGCCGAUGAAAUACAUCCUGAUUUAAAGCACACAGGAGCCGGCAUUUUAUCAAUGGCCAAUUCGGGACCCAACACAAAUGGCUCACAAUUUUUUAUAACUCUCGCACCCACCCAGUGGCUGGAUGGCAAACAUGCCAUUUUUGGUAGAAUAUAUGCCGGCAUGCAGGUGGUUAAACGUAUUGGUAUGGCAGAAGUUGAUAAAAAUGAUCGGCCCGUAGAUAGUGUGCGUAUAUUGAAAGCAAAAGUGGAUAAAAUAUAGUUUCUUUGGAAUAGAUUUAUUUAACUAUAAGAUUAUUAUGUUUUAAAUAAAUUUAAAAUUAAAUUAAAGGGCAUAAA